AUUCCUUCUUUUUUAUUGGCCAUGAGAGCUCGCCCCCCGCUCGCUAUUGGCUAAAAUCUCUGCGUGUCAUUUCCGUGCGCUGUCAGCCGAGAGCACGCAGAAAAAUGAUGGCGGCCUUCAGUGUGGCUCGGAACAGCUGCGGACUGAUAAACGGGUUGAGGGUAACUUUCAGGAGUUUUGCGCCGGUGAAACAUGGCGCAGUCGCUGCUGCGGCUCUGCAGACGAGCCUGCUACCGGACUGCCGCAGGUACUCUGUCGGCCACCUGUCCGUUAAGGAGCGGAUUGACAAGAAGCGAAAGGCGGCGCUAGUCGGAGGAGGUCAGAAGAGAAUAGAUGCACAGCACAAAAGGGGUAAGCUGACAGCCAGGGAGCGAGUGGAGCUGCUGCUGGACCCUGAGUCCUUUGUUGAGUCGGACAUGUUCGUGGAGCAUCGCUGCUCUGACUUCGGCAUGGAGCAGGAUAGGAACAAGUUCCCUGGUGACAGCGUCGUGACCGGUCGAGGCAGGAUCAACGGCAGGCUGGUUUAUGUAUUCAGCCAGGACUUCACCGUGUUUGGUGGCAGCCUGUCUGGAGCUCAUGCACAGAAGAUAUGUAAGAUCAUGGACCAGGCCAUGUCAGUUGGUGCCCCGGUCAUUGGGCUGAACGACUCUGGAGGAGCUCGGAUCCAGGAGGGAGUAGAGUCUCUGGCUGGAUAUGCAGAUAUAUUCCUGAGGAAUGUGUUGGCUUCUGGAGUCGUCCCUCAGAUCUCCCUCAUCAUGGGUCCCUGUGCAGGUGGAGCCGUCUACUCCCCUGCCCUGACAGAUUUCACCUUCAUGGUUAAGGACACAUCGUACCUGUUCAUCACAGGACCUGAUGUUGUGAAGUCUGUCACCAAUGAAGAUGUGACUCAAGAGGAGCUUGGUGGCGCCAAAACUCACACCACUGUGUCUGGAGUGGCUCACCAUGCGUUUGAGAAUGACGUUGACGCCUUGCUCAACAUGCGAGAAUUCUUUAACUUCCUGCCGCUAAGCAACCAAGAUCCUGCCCCCAUCAGGGAGUGCCACGACCCCAGCGAUCGUCUGGUACCUUCACUGGACACAAUCGUCCCGUUUGAGACGACUAAAGCCUACGACAUGUUGGACAUCAUUCACGCAAUAGUGGAUGAGAGGGACUUCUUUGAGAUCAUGCCCAGCUACGCCAAAAACAUUGUGGUGGGGUUCGCCCGCAUGAACGGACGCACUGUAGGCAUUGUGGGUAACCAGCCCAAAGUUGCUUCUGGUUGCUUGGACAUCAACUCUUCAGUGAAGGGGGCUCGCUUUGUACGCUUCUGUGAUGCUUUCAAUAUUCCCAUCAUUACCUUUGUGGACGUGCCCGGCUUCCUGCCAGGUACUGCUCAGGAGUACGGAGGCAUCAUCAGACAUGGAGCCAAGCUGCUGUAUGCGUUUGCAGAGGCCACUGUCCCGAAAAUAACCAUCAUCACCAGAAAGGCUUACGGAGGAGCGUAUGAUGUGAUGAGCUCCAAACACUUGAGAGGAGACGUGAACUACGCCUGGCCCUCAGCUGAGGUCGCUGUCAUGGGUGCCAAGGGCGCCGUGCAGAUCAUCUUCAGAGGAAAGGAGAACCAGGCGGAGGCAGAGGCGGAAUACGUGGAGAAAUUCGCCAACCCCUUCCCAGCUGCAGUCAGAGGUUUUGUGGAUGACAUCAUUGAGCCGGCGACAACCCGCAAGAAGAUUUGCAGAGAUCUGGAGGUGCUGGCCAGCAAGAAGCAGGUCAACCCCUGGAAGAAACACGCCAACAUUCCUCUGUGAAACACACCCACACUGUCCACGUUAACACUACUAAAGGCUUCACAUUCAAAUGAAGUGCGGUGGUACCCCGUGACAAUGACUUAACUGCCAAGCAGAUUUUUGUUGUCAUGACCGUCAUCUUCCACUCCACUGAAAGCAGGACAUAGAGAUAGACCCCCUGAUUUUGUGAGUUCUACAAACCGGCCCCAAACUUUCCCUCCUUGAACUAUGAACUGUUAAAACAUCAACCUCGGGCUGUGAAAAGAUUCACAGGAAAUGUUGGUGACCUGUAAAACAAAAUCAGAAUGUGUAUCUUCACCAAAUGAUAUGCAAUAUGUUGAUAGGAAAAUCCACUUCACAGUACCUGAACAGUAUACUACGGUGGUCACACACAUUUAAGCUAAUCAUCAUGUGAGUGGUGGCCAUAUUGGUCACGACUGUUGGUUUGAUUUGACGUUUUGAGAUGAAAUUGUGUCUGAAAGGGCAGAUUACAUAUCGCUAAUGUAGUGCUGCAGGGAUGAUGUAUUUUUGUAGCCCAACCUGAGCAGAAAAUUCACUUUGUGACAAACUUAUGUUUUGUUCAGCAAGAAAGUCUUCACAGAUGAGCACUGCUUUGAUAAUUUUUCAAGUUGCAAAACAUGUGGGUUAUGUAAGUGCCCUUCUAGCAGUUGAGUGGUGAAACACUGUUGUCACAUUGUAAAUCAGUUAUUUGAAUUUGACCGUAUGACCUUGUGUGGUACAUUCCAAAAGAACAAUAUGACACCAUGUAGCCAGUCUUCGUAAAGAGGAGUUUGAAAAACUAAAAAUGUCAAGAGUCUAACAGUUGCAUAGCUGUCAGUGCUGGAAAAAGAAAUUACAAACUAAACAAACUAAAAAUCAAAUUUGGAGAAUUUUGACACCCAUAAAUGCAACUGGAAAAAACACGGGCAACUGUCAGUAUGAUGGCUGCUGUAGUCUGUUGCCUUGUGAAGUGUUUCCAGAGUUGUUACUGUACUGUAUUUAGUCCUGAGGGUUUGUGGUGUGUAUAGUAGUUUGCUCUUUCAGAUGCACUCCUUGUGUUUAAUCUCCACCGUUACGGUCAAGAAAAAGUCAACCUACAGCCUGGAACUGUGCCUUCUCUCUCCGGCAGCCUCUGCUCUGCCAUUUGUAAAAUAAAUCAUGGACUCAGUA